AUGCAACAAAAUAAUAGUAGCAUUAAUGGUAGUAGUGAGACUAUAAUUGCAAAAUUUAAUUAUAAUGCACAAGAAAAUCAUGAAUUAUCGAUUACUAAAAAUGAACGCCUUCAAUUAAUUGAUGAUUCAUGUCUAUGGUGGAAAGUAAAGCGGAUCGAUUCCGAUGAUACCGGAUACAUUCCAUCAAAUUUUGCACGACGUGAAAAACGUUCAUUACUCGAUAAAAUUAUUUCGAAACGUAUCAAUAAAAAACAAAUCCUAUCCAAUGGACAUAACCAUGAACAUAUACUUUCAUUAGCUCUUGUUAAAUUUCGAUAUGAUGCUGAAAGUGAAGAUGAAAUCAGUUUAAAUAAAGGUAUAUGGGUUAAUGUCUUACAAAAGAAAAAUGAUGGUUGGUGGCUUGUACAAUAUGAAAAACAACGUGGAUGGUUUCCAUCGAAUUACCUUAUUGAAAAAACAAAUGAUGGUUUAAAUUCUCUAUCUUUAUUAAAUCAAUUAAAAUAUCAUCAUUCAUCCUCAUCAUCCAAUGGUUUAUCAUCAUCAAGUAGUGCUAAUUCAAAUAUAGUUGAAACAGAUCUUACGAAUAAUGUCAACAAUAACAACAAUAAUAAUAAUAAUCUUAAUCUUCAACAAAAUCGUCAUAAUUCUCAUCCUCCACAUAUAACAAAUAUGAAUGAUGAAUAUGCAUUUAUUAUAAAACCAUCGAAAUUUGCUCAUUCAGAUGGUAAACUUGAUUCAUGUUUAACAUACAAUAAUAAUGAUCAACAAAAGAAUAGUUCAUGGACAGCAUUAAUACAAUAUGAUAAUACAAAUUCUGGUUAUGCAUCAUCAUCAAUUAUAAGUACUGAACCAAUAAAUGUUGUUGAUGGUUUAACAACAUUAACAUUGAAAUCAUCAAAAAAAUAUUUGAAUGAUUCAUCAUAUGAUAAUGAAAGUUGGUAUUAUGGUACAAUAACAAGAGAUGAAGCUGAAAAACUUUUAAAAUUAAAUGGAAUUGAAAAAGGAGAUUUUCUUAUUCGUAACAGUGAACGAAAAAUUGGUUGUUAUUCUCUAAGUAUUCGAGCUGAUGAAGAUCUUAUUCGUCAUUUUCGUAUUGAAUCAAGUGAUGAUGGUACUCGUUUUCUUAUUGGUAAACGUUCAUUUAAAUCUUUAUAUGAUCUUAUCGAACAUUAUAAAAUUCAUCCAGUGUUUGAUGCUGAUCCAAAUCAAAAAUUAUAUUUAAAUAAACCAUUGAUUAUUAACGAUUCCACUCAUCAUUUAUGA